AUGUCAAAUAAUCGUAUCCCUUCUGGGCCCAAUACGCCUGGGAGUCAGCAAACCUCCCCACAGCAAGGUAUAAAGAUAUUUAUACAGAGGGACUAUGCUGAAGGUACUGCUGUGAAGUUUCAAAACCGUUUCCCGCCUGAACUGGAAGACAGGAUAGACAGGCAAUUGUUUGAAUACACUAUGGACCGGCUGAACGAACACUUCGAGAUGGCAGAGACGGCUGAUUGCAGCACCUACUGUGAAGGUUGCCUAGCGUGUUUGACAGCCUACUUUAUUUAUAUAUGCACGGAGACACAUUAUGAAAAGCACCUGAGAAAAGUAUCAAAAUUUAUAGCGACACAAAACGAACGAGUGUACAACCCUAGAGGCAUCCACAUAACAGAUCCGAUACUUCGAGGGUUGCGGGUCAUUGAGAUCACCGUCAUCGACGUCCCCAACUGCCAGAGUCCAACUGGCAAUGCCAACACACAGAUGAGGCACACAUGA